AUGGGGGCACAAAAAAAUAUAUCAACGUUGCAUAGUCGAUUUCAAAGGCAUGUCACGAUAUUGUUUUGGAAGUCAUAUCUUCAGCGACAGCGUCGGUGGAGGCUACUCCUAAUCGAAACAAUAUUCGCAUCAAUGUUAUUCGUAUUGUCAGUGUUCAUUGCGAAGCCGGUAUUCAUGACGCCCAUCCAAGUAACUCCCGAACCACCACUUACAUCAUCAGAUAUUCUCAAUUCACUCAACGAGAAGAGUAUACUGGGCUAUGUGCCCAACAUACCGCCUUAUACUACAAUCAUGGGUACAGUUGCCAAUCGCCUGAAUAUUGAACUAAUGAAUGCAUCCAGCGAAGAAGACCUUGAUAAUUUAUUGUAUAAUCGAUCGCAGGGCACGCCCAUUAACAACCCCAUCACGUGGGUGAUUUGGAAGACGCGCGCGACAACUAUGUGGAAAUUCAGUAUCCGAAGUACGGAACGAGCUCGAUAUGUCACCAGUUCUGAUCAAGCUCACAGCAACCCUCACUUAAGGAGUGGCUUCCUGGCUGUCCAGCUCGCAAUCAGUGAAGCCAUCUUGGAAUAUGUCAGUACGACAACUCCCAAGUUUGAGUUAAGUCUCGUACCAAUGCCGGUGUCACCGCUGAUGCAGGAAAAUGAAGUCCGCAAGGCAAUAUCGCUUAUAUUACUCUGUUUUACGUUGGCACUGCUGCCUCCUGUUUUGGAGGCCGAAGCAUUGGUUGUAAGUGAAUCAAGAAAUAGAUUUAAGCGCGCUCUACGUCUACGUAAUGUGGGCUAUUCAUCGAUCUAUCUCGGCUGGUUGCUCUACGCGUAUUUGACUGUGUUGCCAAUAACCAUCAUGGCCAGCAUCACCCUCAUCCAGAUAUUCAGAUGGAUUCAUGUCUUUUACACGUUCGUGAUGAUUCAGACGUACGUGACGGUGACCAUCAUGUUGGCUCUCAUCAUGUCCAUGUUUCACAGUAAACCGUGGGUGGCGAUUUCCUGGAUGGCAAUGUUCACUUUGAUGCAGACAUUUCUCGCCGAACUUGUAGUACACCAUAGAAUGGACCUGUUGCAUCCUGUGCUUACGUUUUUCUUGCAUCUACUGCUUCCUCCUCUGGGACUUGAGCAUGGUUUCAACGAGUUUGCGCUGUUGCAAACUGGAGGUAAGGGAGGCGAGGAGACCCGCUUAGGACAAUCAGUUAUAUUCACGAUCAUAUCGUGGUCAGUCAUGACAGGCCUGUACUUCAUUGUGUUGAUGAUACUGCAGAGGACCAUGAAGCAAAGAGCUAUUGGAGGUGAAGUUUCGUGGAAAACGGUUAUAUUUAGGAAAAUUGAGGACUCUAACAAGUUGCACGUUAUCGAGACACCAACAGGACGGGAAAGAGACAAACUUCAGCCUGUUGAUGAAUUAGUAGCGAAGAGUAUUAGUAUGCGGAACGUUUCAAAGAGUAUAAUGGAGCGUCCAGUUUUGACCAAUGUCACAUUGGAUAUGUACGGAGGGGAUUUCACCAUGUUGUACGCUGAACGGAUCCAGACGAAAAUGAUGACGGUUGUCGAAGAUCUCUUAAUUGGGCUCACAUACCCUGACAAAGGGACUAUCUAUGUGCUGGGCGAGGAGGUGAAGCCUGGCGUGUGUUUCAUGACGAUGCAGCAGAAAAUGGGAUACUGCCAUCGAAGCGAGUUUCUCAUAGACGACCUCACCGUCGAGGAACAUAUUACAUUCUUUCUACAGUUGAGCCUUUGGCAAGAGAACAAGGACUAUAUUACGGAGUAUGGUCACCUCCGCAGCUUGCGUCUCCUGGCCGAGUGUGACCUGGAGGGAGUGAAGUGGCAACACGUGCGCGAUCUGGAUGACUACUACCGGGCGCAGCUCUGUUGGGCCAUUGCAAUUCUCUUGGAGCCUAGAAUAGUCAUUAUUCCGCAUUUUACGGGGCUCGCAAACUACACAGCGGUUAUAAAGGAUAAAUUGAUGAGAUACAGGCACCACGUGACGUUUAUCAAGAUCAGUCACACCAGCACCUACCUGGAGUAUUCUGACCGAGUGUUCAUAUUUGAUCACAAGAGUUUGGUGUUCGGAGGGACACCCUCAUAUUUAUUCUUCAAAUAUGGUCGGGAUUACAGGUUAAGAAUAAGUUUUAAAGGAAACCCUUAUACGAAAGAAAGAGACGACCUAUUGCAGAGAGCGAUCGACGUCGGUGGCAGCGUGAGAGCCGAUCUAGGCUCCAUGUUGAUACUGCGGAUCGCUACCAGUCCUACCCACGUUGUGGCUAAGCUUGUCGAACAUUUGCACGAAAACUUACAGCACUACCGUAUAGCAAGCUUUCAUAUCAGUGUACCGGAUGCGGAGGAGGUUUGUAGCAGAUUCGUCGGAAACCUGGCAACGGGAGCGAGCUGGUGUCGGAAAUUGGCUUCAUCUUUCGUAUAUUGCACGGAAGUUCUCGUCUUUUUAUAGAUUUUAUCGACUCUUUUUCUUUAUAACGGUA